AUGGCUCCUAAAUUCUUGACUGGCGACAAGGCCGGCAUUGAGGAGUUCCUCAACAAGUUCGAUCAACUGGUCUUCGUGACCAACAACAGCACAAAGUCGCGUGCAGACUACAAGAAGAAAUUCGACAGCAUGGGCAUCCCUUGCAAAGUGGAGGAGGUCUUUGGCUCUGCCUACAGUGCAGCCAUCUACAUAGCCCGCAUCCUCAAGCUCGACGCCCCCAAGAACAAGGUCUUUGUGCUUGGUACGGACCCCAACCUUCGCCGCGAGAUGAAGCCAGAGGACUUCACCAACAUUGCCAACGGCAGUGCUCUCGAUCCUGAUGUCGGUGUUGUGCUUGCUGGUCUUGACUUCAACGUCAACUACCUGAAGUUGAGCAUGGCAUACCACUACCUCCGCAGAGGAGCCGUCUUCCUGGCAACCAACACCGACUCGACUCUGCCCAACUCACACAGUCUCUUCCCUGGUGCUGGAUCGGUUGGUGCUCCUUUGGUCAAGGCGUGGGGCAAGGAGCCUUUGGCGUUGGGCAAGCCCAGUCAGGCCAUGAUGGAUGCAGUCGAGGGCAAGUUCAAAUUCGACCGCAGUCGUGUGUGCAUGAUUGGAGACCGUCUCAACACAGACAUCCAGUUUGGCAUUGAAGGCAAGCUUGGAGGCACAUUGGCCGUCUUGACUGGUGUCAGCAAGAAGGAGGAGUUUUUGGCCGAGGACGCUCCCGUGGUUCCAUCAGCGUAUGUCAACAAGCUUGGUGAUUUGCUAGGAUAG